UGAGUUUUUGUUUACCUAGCAACAGAAGGCGAGGUAGCAACGGUGUUUGGAGAUUGUCCAUGCUAACCCGAAGCUGGUUCUAUAUCAUUAUUAUUAAAUGCUAUUAAGCAAUUGCUACCGUGUGGUGAAAAAGUACAAAUAAAAGCAGUUAGCUGCCAUAUUUGGCUGUCGUCAGCGUUUAUAAGCGGAGGAGUGCUAAAUUAGCUAAUGUUAGCUAUUAGAAUAAUUAACGGUUAGCUAACGAUAACCACGUCCGUCUCGCACUCCUAAAAUGUCUUUUCAAGAGUCACCUCGUCCUUCUGAUGAAGACGAGGCGUUUUAUAUGCACUGUAGAGCCGCAUAUCUGUCUCUGUUCAAAUCUAGUUUGACAAAUAUUGCUUCGAAACAGCAGCUAUGUCGUGCUCUACAGCUGGCUGGGAGAAAUCCUGCCCACGCAACUCUCAAUAAAUACUGGACUUCAAGAACAUCCAAGCUGAACUUUGAUGACUUCUGUGAGAUUCUUAAAAAUGAGAAGAAAACUGACGAAACAGAGCUAAUGAGAGCCUUCAAAAAGAUGGAUUUGAACAGCGAUGGCUACAUCUCACACAGUGAACUGGAGAAGGCUCUUACCACGAGAGGGGAGAAGAUGACGACUGAAGAGGUGAACUCCAUUUUUUCAUUGGCUGACGUCAACAAAGACGGAAAGCUGGACUACGCAGAAUUCUGCAGAUUGCUGGUGUCUACAGUAGAGCAGUGUGAGACGGCUGCUCUGGAGAGGCUCGAGGCAAAUGCCAAGCUGAAGCGACAGAACUUUGGCAGUCGGUCAUAUAGCCCUCCAAAGAGCUCAGUGUCAUCGGCAUCAUCGGCACAGGAGGCAGCGACUGUGCCUCAAACUCCAGAAACACUCCAAGCAGAAUCAGACACCGCACUCAAGAAAGACAGCAGAUCAUCCUCCCGUCCUUCUUCUGCGCGCAGCAGACGCUCAUCCCUGUCCAACUCCAUCACUGUGACAUCCAGCAGCACGAGGGCCAGCAAAAUAACAGAGCCUUCAGGCCUCCAGGAGUGGCAUCACAGUUGUAUGAAGGGCUGUUUCUUCUUGGAGGAAGACGGCGGUAUCAGCUCUCUGCAGUACCAGCUCCACGUUCCCCAGACAACCAGCGUCUACCUCACCAUCCAACCCCUCAGCCUCAGCCACGGACCCGACAAGCCUUCUUCAUGGAUGACGGUGGACACGGCUCUCUUUGUGGUGGCAGCAGGUGAAACCAAGGAGGACUCCACGUUAGUGGGUUUCACUGAGUCAAAGGACAAAGACAAAUAUGUUUGGAAAGGAGAAUUGCACGCUGGGACUUACUACCUGCUGCCCUUCACGAGUGGAUGCAAACUAAAGAAAAGGAGCAAAAAGAGCCUGUCAAAUAAACCCGUAGAGCUCGUCUACAGGACUGACUCUGGAGAACUAGACCUCACCAGGGAGCUGAGGGAGGUGCUGUCCGACGUCUUUGAGGUGAUAGACCUGGAUGGAAAUGGUUUGCUUAGUCUGGAGGAGUACAACUUCUUUGAGCUGAGGACCAGUGGAGAGAAAUGUGACAAAGAUGCCUGGGCUGUCUGCAAAGAGAACUUUGACAUGAGGAAGAACCAGUUGACACGGCAGGGCUUCAUGGAGCUCAACCUGAUGGAAGCCACAGAGAAGGAUGGAGACCCUGCAGACUUGUGGGUCAUCCUGGAAGCCAUGGGCUUCAACCGAAUGCUGGAGCUAGUAGACGCUUGUCCAUUCCAGAUCAAUGUCCACUGUGAAGGCACUCAGCCAUCCAUCCAGCCGCUCAGUAUGGACGCAGGGCCCAAGCUUCAGAACCAGGCCCUCCAGAAGUCCAUCACCGCCAGGACAGGGGCCAAAGCACUGAGGGGACAAGACAACAUCUUUGUCUACACCUACCGGGGAGAACACAGGAUCUCCUCGCUCAUUGCUAACAAGACCAACCAGAAAGUGACUGUCCAUGUCAACAAUGAGCAGAGCAGGAACUGCUGCAGCAGCAGAGGCAUGAGUGUGUUCGCAGUCGAGGUUCCAGCCAGGACUAAAAUGGUGUGCCAACACAUUCUGCCCAUCAACGAGAGACACGAUUGGACCUACAACUGUGUAGAGACCAUAGUACCCUGCACGUAAAGCUGUACUGCAUUUACUCAAUCGUGCAACUGACAUGCACGGAUAGACUACUCAUAAACCAGUGGUUUCAGAUGGGAUGCAUAAUAAACGGAAAAUGUUCUACACCCACCGGCGGUAUCAAAUCUGCCAUCGGACCGUAUGUCUAUUUUAGGUCCAGAAGGAACACAGUUUGAACCUUUUUUACUUUUUGGAGGCCCACGUUCAAAGCGUACCUGUGAGUUUUGUAAAGCUUUGAAUGUCAGACACCAGAGACCUUCUGGCGGCUCGUAGCCAGCAGCUUGAUCAGGCCCAGCUGCAAGAAGGUUGUCUGAGAAGCUCAGUGACUCCAUCGAUCUGAAGCGUUCAAGUCAUUAAGUGCAGCUCAUAAUGGUCGUUAAUGCUUUUGUUGCGCCUUUCACAUGGAUCAAUUCAUGUAGAGAAUUUUCUAAAUAUUAACACUGUUAAAUGUAUAGAGUGCAUGGAUAAAGGACUUAAAUAUUAACUCAUAAUUAAUAACUAAAUGAUGGCUCUUUUCUGUUGUCAAACAAUAUUUCCUCAUUCAUUGUAUACAGUCAAUUAAUACAGGCCAAAAAAAUAUAAUAAUAAUAAAUAAUA